GUCCUCGUCCAUUAUCCAGAGGACGAGAACGGGCUUGUGUGGCACCAUCGCGUUCUUCUGUGCCGUGUUGCUGGGGGCCGAUGGGUAUGCCUCACGCCCGACCUGGGCAUGCAGAUUCAUGAUCUCAACGUGCAGCGGCAUCGCAUCAUCGGUCGGAGGGAGGCUUUCCCGCCCGACCUUGCGGCCCGCUGCUAUGUCUUCGACGACGACGGCGUUGGCCGGGCGCAGCUCGACGAGCUCAAGCGCCAGGCCCGAGUGCAGGCUGCCAUCCUCGGCGACGUGGAGUUCGAGGACGCCGAGGAAGCCAAGUGGCUGGUGUAUGAGGCGGGGAACGACCAUUUUGGCAAGGAGGUCCCCGUCGAGGUGUUGGAGGAUGACCAGAGGUUCGUUUCCCUGGGCACGCUCGGGGUGGUCGACUGGCUGGGCGAGAAAAGGUUCGUGGAGCGAGUGGCGGCCGACAAGGUCGACGAGCGGAGGCAGAAGCGCGAGGAGACCGAGAGCGACUCGAGGAUCCUCGGCAUCCAUCGCAAGCAUGGGAAGCGGAACCUCGCGCUGCAUGACGCGGCGCAGCUGUUCACAGAGGACAGCUUUGAGGACUGGCCGUUCCCUCCGCCGCGAGCAUCCCUGGAGUAUCUCGAGUCGAUCCGCGAUGGGCCUGGCUCGAUGGUCGUUUACGAGAGCGAGUGGAGGCAGGACAGCGGCGUCGGCGACGGCACCGCGGCCCUCCACGAGCACAGGAACAACGCGGAGGUGCUCAGGCUGGCCCACCAGGUGGAUCAGCUCAAUAUCCCGAACCUGGCGUGCUUCGAGCAGUUGGUUCGGCGCCAGGUCCAGAUCGAGAUGGCUGUGGAGCGGAAUGCGAAGCACCCUGACUACGGAGGUCUGGACCUGGUGCUCGGCGGGCCGACGACGGAGAGUGGCGCUGCUUCCAGCAAGACCUUCCGCGACUGGGUCUACAAGAAGCAGGGCGAGCGCGCCCAGACGCUCAAGCAGGCCCGGCUCUUGCGCGAGGAGCGAACUCAGGAGGAGAAGCGAGCUCGUGGUGGCAAAGGUGAUGGUGAUGACUCGAGAGGCCCGAGGAAGCCGAAAGGCCCCGAGCAGGGGGGCGACGGCAAGGGCGACAAGUCAGUUCUGACCGCGGAGGUGCUGCCGUCCGACGGCGACUCCGUGCACAGCGGCGCCGCGGGGAGUUCUUUCCUCUCCCAGCGCCAUCCUCUUCUCUGCCCGCUUCUCCCGGCGCUCCUCGAUACGUUCGGCAGCGACGGCUUGAACAGCGGCAUCGGCAUCGGCGAGACCCUCGCGGAGCUCACGGCGUCCAGGGACCUGUACUCGCAGGAGCCGAAGAAUCUCGCCGAGUACGACAUCGACGAGCUCAAGAUUUGCCGCUCGGGGACCGUGGCCAAGGACGCAAAGUCGCUCUUGCCGCCCGACGCGGCCGGCCUCUUCCGACACUACGCCCACUGCAUCGAGAGGGACUCGGAUCAGAUACUGGAGUUGCAGGCUGCGCGUGACUUCCCGCGGCCAUACUGGGAUCCCACGCUUGCUCGGGAUCAGGAUGGGCUUCUCCUUCUCAUCGAUCGGCUUCGGCAGGCGAACCUCAUCAGCUUCCGCCGCAAGCUCAAGGCCAAGAUCGGGAUCUUCUUCGUCAAGAAAAAGGACCCCGCUUGGAUCAGGCUCAUCAUCGACGCCAGGCAGGCCAACCGGUGCCAUCGGGCACCACCCAAGACAAAGCUGGGGUCCGUCGGCGGGUUUUGCGAGCUCGACCUUUCGGACUCCGCCCUUCGUGACCUCGGCGGCUUCGGGCCCGUGGCCGAGGUCUGGGGCGGCACCAGCGACGUCGACGACUGCUUCUACCAGAUGCUGGUCGAGGAGCUCGGGUCGUGGUUCGGGAUCGACAUGCCUAGGACCGCGGGCGAGUGGGGCGUCUCCAGCGUCUACGACGACGACGUCGGGAGGCACGUCCCCAUCGACUCGACCGCCACCCUCUACCCCGUCUUCCACGGUAUGGCGAUGGGGUGGUCCUGGGCGCUGCACCUGGCCAACGAGGCCGUCUCCUUCCUGGCCAGCAAGAGCGCGGUCUGCCCGCGGUCGCUCGUGCGCGAGCGCACGCCCGCCCCGGCCCUCCGGGUCGGACAGGCGGUCUCCGGCGUCUACGUGGCCAACUUCACGACCAUCGCCGGGGACAGGCUCGGCGCCGAGGACUCGAUCGAGCGGUUCAGGCGCGCGGCGGCGGAGGCGGGGAUCGGCGCGCACGUCGACGGCGACGUCGGGGUGGUCUUCGAGAGCCUCGGGGUCGUCUUCGAUGGCCGACAGCGCUGUCUGCGGCAUCUGCCUCGUCGAGUGUGGCGCGUCUACUUGGCCACGCGGGCCUUGCGGCGGCGUCGCUGGGUCCACGGGGACAUUCUGGAGAUCUGGAUGGGCCACGUGGUCGACCUGUUCGGGCUGCUGCGUCCAGGGCUGUCUUGCUUUCAGCAGGUCUACCCGUUCGUGGCCAACGCUCGAGGGCGACGAGUUCGCCUCGCUGACGCCGUCAAGAACGAGAUGCGUCUGGUCCAGGGCCUGUUGUUCCUCUGCGAGUACGACCUGGGCGCGGAUUUCAGCCGCGAGGUCUACUGCUCGGACACGUCGGACAUCGGCUUCGCGCUGCUCUCUACCAGGGCGAUGGAGGCUGAGCUGCGGGAGCAUACCCGCUACCGCGAGAGAUGGAGGUUCAAGCUGGUGGAGACCCUCUCUGAGGUCGCCCUGGUCAAGCCCGAGUGGGCCGAGUACGUUGGAGGCCGCUUGCGGCCUGGAGGUGGGGCCGAUCUGCCCGAGGGUGCCUACGCUGACGUUGCCGCGCGAGGGUCUCGACCCUGUGCCAUUGGCCCGCGGGCGCAGCAUGGGCGCCUCCUGGACGAGGAGCGCCACCACCGCCUGGCCGACAAGGCCGAACGAGUCGGGCGACGGACUCGUGAGCCUCGCCCCCGACCACGGCAUGAGGAGGUCGAGGUGCCCGGCGCCAUCCCGCCAGUCGACCAGUGCUGGGACACGCCGCGCCGCUGGGCCCAUCUGCGGAUCGGGCGCUGGAAGUGGACCAAGGAGCACAUCAACAUCAAGGAGGGUCGUGCUUCCUUGUUCGGUUUUCGGAGAGCGACCCGCACUCGCCACAACCACGGCAAGCGGGUCGCGUCGCUGGGCGACAACCUCGUGUCCAUCUGUGCUUUCGAGAAGGGCCGCGCGAAGUCGUGGGCUCUCAAUUCGCUGGCGAGACGGGCGGCUGGAUAUCAGAUCGCCGCUCGGGUUCGCUGGCACUCUCGGCAUAUCGAGAGCAAGCGGAACGCUGCAGACGCCGGCUCGCGUCUGCACCAGUCUGGAGGGAGACCGUGGCGCUCGAGCUCUUUCCUGGCGAGGCUGGCCUCACCUGGGCCCUUUGAUCCCGCGGUCUGCGGGUCGGGCCACCCUGCGAAUUGCUGCGAGGAAGCUAUCGCUGUGGAGCUGGCCCUCUUCACGGCCGAGGUGUGCACGUUGGCCUCCCGAUGCGGGGUCCUCUGGAGUCUGGAGAACCCUGCGUCAUCGGGGCUCUGGGAGUUCGGACCCGUCGUGGACCUCAUGGGGCUUCCAGAGGUCUUCAAGGUCACCUUCCACAUGUGCCAGUAUGAGGUCUCCCACAAGAAGCCCACCACUAUCCUUGCCAACAUGUUGGCCCUGCGCGGGCUCGAGGAAAGCGCCGCGGGCGAGAAGUCCAAGGACAUCUACCGACGUGAGCUCGCUCGCUUUUUCAGUUGGGCCGAAGAGCGUGGCCUCUCGACCAAGCCCGACGAGCUCGCGAUCACCAUGAAGCAGUACUUCUACGUUAAGUUUCAGGAAGGGUAUGGGCCUGGCUUGGGCCGCUCCGUCUUCUUCGGGUACCUUUUGCUGCACUCCACGAACUACAAGCUCGAGAGGGACCGGCUCAGCGACGUCGAGAGGGCGCUCGCUGGCUGGGCCAAGCGGGCCCGCGAGACCGUGAAGGAUCCCGCUCCCCAGGAGGUGCUGCUGGACAUGCCUGUCUGGAUGCUCGACCACGGGCGGGGUGAGAGCGCCUCGUGCAUGGCCCUGCAGCUGGACGACUACGCCAGGCCCUCUGAGAGCGUCGAUCUCGUGCUGGGCAACGUGCUGAGGCCGGUCGUCGGUGUUCGCGGGGCGCCGUCCCGCGACUGGGGCAUCGUCUUUGCCCCGGCGGAGCUCGGCUUUGUCACCGAGACCGGGCAGGUCGACGACUCAGUGGUGUUGGGCAGUCCCUCUCGCCUGUGGGCACCACAGGUGGCAGAGGCUCUCGCGACGCGCGCCGCCGCUGGCACGCGUCGCUCGAGGGGCAGUCCACAGGCCAGUCCUACGACACGUCUGUUCGACUCACUUACCCCAGCUCACUACGAACGGGACUUCAGAGACGCCGCCAAGGCGCUCGGAUACGAGAAGCUCAACAUCACACCGCACACCGUGCGGCACACAGCCCCCUCGCACGAUAUCUACCACAAGCAGCGGACCUUGGAGCAGGUGCGACGCCGCGGCCGCUGGGCCGCCAAGAAGAGCGUCACUCGCUACGAGCGCCAUGCCAAACUCUUCAAGCAGUACAGCAAACUGACAACCGUGCAGAUCGCCAGGAUGAACAG